AUGAAUGUUCAGCGUAUCGCUGUCAUUGGCGCGGGCCCUUGUGGCCUGGGUAUCGCAAAAUACUUGAUAGCGGAGAAGUACUUCCAGACGAUCACCUUGUUCGAGCAGCGAGACCAACCUGGCGGUGUAUGGAACUACACCGGUGAUCUCGGCUUGGAAACCGGGUCACCGACCGCACAUGCCAGUCCGAGUUCAACGCCCCAAGAGCGUGUCAAUGGCCAAUUUGUGUCGCCUGUGUACGACUCUCUCGAGACGAACAUUCCAAAGACUUUGAUGAAUUUCAAUGAUCUGGCAUUUCCAGAGGAAACACCACUCUUUCCUCCGCACGACGUGGUCCAGAAGUAUCUUCAUCGGUAUGCGGAGGAUUUGACGCCAUACAUCCGAUAUCAAUCCCUGGUCGUGAACGUUUCACGGAGUCCGAAAGAAUGGACUGUUCAAUGGCGUGACCUCAAAAAUGAGCAAAUUCAUGCUGCGCCAUUCGAUGCAGUGAUAGUGGCGAAUGGCCACCAUAAUGACCCCAAGAUUCCUGCCAUUCCCGGACUAGCCGAGUGGAACAGGGCAUACCCCGACUCGAUACUGCAUUCAUCGUCCUACAGACGCCCGGAAAGCUUUGCAAACAAGAAAGUCAUCAUAGUCGGCCACUCCGCCUCGGGCAUCGACAUCGGCUUCCAAAUAAGCAGCGUCUCGCAGCAUCCCCUCCUGAUAUCCGAGCCCCUCCCAGAAAUCCGACGCUUCGACCCACAGAACGCGCGAGUCGAGUUCAUCAACGGCCACGAAGAAUUCGGCGUCGACCACGUAGUCUUCUGCACAGGGUACCACUUCUCCAUUCCCUUCCUGUCAAGCCUGCAGCCCCCCCGUAAUCACCGACGGAAUCCGUCCUCGCCAUCUCUAUCAGCACAUAUUCUACACUCCGGAUCCCACGCUAGCGUUCAUCGGGUUUCCGCAGCGGAUUGUCCCGUUCCCGUUGAGCCAGGCGCAAGGGGCGUGGGUUGCGCGCGUGUUUUCGGGGCGUCUGGGUCUUCCAUCGCGGGCAGAGAUGGAAAAGUGGAUUCAAGAGUGGACGGCGGUCCGGGAGAUGGACAGGGCUUUAAUACUCUUCCUUUCCCGUUAGAUGCAGAUUAUAUCAGCUAUCUCUAUGGUCUCUGUCAAGAUGCGGGGAAGCGCGAUGGGCUGGAAAAUGGGGGGAAUGGAAAGGCACCUCCCUAUUGGGGGGAGAAAGAAAGGUGGACUCGAGAGAGGUUUCCACUUAUCAAGAAGGCGUCGCAAGCGCUGGGGAGUCGGAGGGGCGAAAUUACUUCUCUCGAGCAGUUGGGCUUCAAUUUUGAGGAGGAAAAGAAGAAGGGCGAGGGUGGUGAAUCGCAUCUAUGA